AUGGUACCUGACUACAGCUACUCCUUCGCCAUGUCUUCUUGCUUGAUUGCAUUACUCCCAGAAGGGUUUUAUGACAGGGUUGAUGAGGGCAGCAUUAUUCUUAAGAAAUCCAAGAAGUUCAGCUUCUGCAGUAAUGGGAUUAUCAUGGACGAUGGAAAUGAAUGCAUAAACAGUGAUAUUGUAAUUCUAGCAACAGGAUUCAGAGGAGACCAGAAGCUUAGGGACAUCUUCACAGCAAACUGGUGUAGAAAUAUAGUGGUUGGAUCAUCAGAUACAUCAGUUCCUUUAUAUAGGUACAGGUUGGACAACUUUUUUUUGGUUGGCAUAUUUGGAGGACAAUAUAUACUGUGCUACAGAAUACAUUUUUUUCCCCUUCGGAACUGCACCACUACUUAA